CCGGCCAGCGCAGCGACGUGGGCCGCAUGGCGCAGCCCUCCAGCCCGGGCGGCGAGGGGCCGCAGCUCGGCGCCACGGGGGGCUCCCGGGACGCGCUGAGCCUGGAGGAGAUCCUGCGCCUCUACAACCAGCCCAUCAACGAGGAGCAGGCGUGGGCCGUGUGCUUCCAGUGCUGCGGCUCCCUGCGCGCCGCCGCCCGCCGCCAGCCCCACCGCCGGGUGCGCUCGGCCGCGCAGAUCCGCGUCUGGAGGGACGGCGCCGUCACCCUGGCGCCCGCCGCGGGCGAAGAGGGAGAGCCGCCCCCCGCCUCCGGUAAAUUGGGAUAUUCACAUUGUACAGAAACAGAGGUUAUUGAGUCCCUGGGAAUUAUUAUUUAUAAAGCACUGGACUAUGGCUUGAAGGAAAAUGAAGAAAGGGAGCUGAGCCCUCCUCUGGAGCAGCUCAUCGACCAAAUGGCCAACACUGUGGAGGCUGAUGGUAACACCGAUGAGGGGUAUGAGGCUGCAGAUGAAGGCCCGGAAGAUGAAGAUGGAGAAAAGAGAAACAUCUCAGCUAUUCGGUCCUAUCAAGAUGUCAUGAAGAUAUGUGCUGCUCAUCUCCCAGCUGAGUCGGAGGCACCAAAUCAUUAUCAGGCAGUAUGUCGAGCACUGUUUGCAGAAACCAUGGAACUGCAUACAUUUCUGACCAAAAUUAAGAGUGCGAAGGAGAAUCUUAAGAAGAUUCAAGAAAUGGAAAAGACUGAUGAAUCUAGCCUAGAUCUGGAGGACCUGAAAAAUGCAGACUGGGCACGAUUUUGGGUACAGGUGAUGAGGGAUUUGCGAAACGGGGUAAAACUUAAGAAGGUCCAACAGCGGCAGUACAACCCAUUGCCGAUUGAAUACCAGCUCACCCCUUAUGAGAUGCUCAUGGACGAUAUUCGGUGCAAAAGAUACACCUUGAGAAAAGUAAUGGUAAAUGGUGACAUUCCCCCUCGGUUAAGAAAGAGUGCUCAUGAGAUCAUCCUUGACUUCAUCAGAUCAAGACCCCCUUUAAAUCCAGCCUCAGCCAGAAAAUUGAAACCAACCCCACCACGACCUCGGAGCCUCCAUGAAAGAAUAUUAGAGGAGAUCAAAGCAGAAAGAAAGCUGCGGCCUGUCUCACCAGAAGAGAUUAGACGGAGCCGACUAGAUGUCACUACCCCAGAAUCUCCACAGACUGUUGGGGAAUCAUCUGUGGUGAAUGGAGGCUUGACAUCUCAAACAAAAGAAAAUGGGGUGGGUGCUGCCCUGCAAGGCCCUGCACAGCGGAAGAAGCUUCUCAAAGCCCCGACCCUGGCUGAGCUGGACAGCUCUGACUCUGAGGAGGAAACCCUGCACAAGUCCACCAGCAGCAGCAGUGCGUCUCCCUCCCUCUAUGAGGACCCGGUACUGGAGGCCAUGUGCACAAGGAAGAAGCCUCCGAAAUUCUUGCCCAUCUCGUCAACACCCCAGCCAGAGAGACGGCAACCACCCCAGAGGCGCCAUUCCAUUGAAAAGGAAACACCCACGAAUGUGAGGCAGUUUCUGCCGCCAUCCAGGCAGAGCUCACGCUCUCUUGUUCCUAGGAUAACCAGUGUAUGGCCCAGGACGCCUUUCCGACCACUUUUCUCUACCAUACAAACAGCUUCUCUGCUGAGCUCUCAUCCUUUUGAAGCAGCCAUGUUUGGGGUAGCAGGGGCUAUGUAUUAUCUGUUUGAGAGAGCUUUUACCAGCAGGUGGAAACCCUCAAAGGAGGAAUUCUGCUACCCAGUGGAGUGCCUCGCUCUCACUGUGGAGGAAGUGAUGCAUAUUCGUCAGGUCCUGGUGAAAGCGGAGCUGGAAAAGUACCAACAGUAUAAGGAUGUCUACACUGCCCUGAAAAAAGGAAAGCUCUGCUUCUGUUGCCGAACCCGGAGGUUUUCCUUCUUCACGUGGUCCUACACCUGUCAGUUCUGUAAGAGGCCCGUGUGCUCACAGUGUUGCAAAAAGAUGCGGCUGCCCUCCAAGCCAUAUUCUACUCUACCUAUCUUCUCGUUGGGACCUUCUGCCUUGCAGAGGGGGGAGAGUUGCACAAGGUCAGAAAAGCCCUCCACUAGUCACCAUCGGCCACUUCGAAGUAUCGCCAGGUUUUCCUCAAAAUCGAAGUCGGUGGACAAAUCAGAUGAAGAACUCCAGUUCCCCAAAGAGUUCAUGGAGGAUUGGAGUACAAUGGAGGUCUGUGUAGACUGCAAAAAGUUCAUUUCUGAAAUCAUCAGCUCAAGCCGGCGCAGCCUGGUGUUGGCCAACAAAAGAGCCCGGUUGAAAAGGAAGACACAGUCUUUCUACAUGUCCUCGGCAGGCCCCUCGGAGUACUGCCCCUCAGAAAGGACUAUCAAUGAGAUCUGAGCCCUGUGCCUUCCCUUUGCUCUUGUGUCCAGAGGCGCCUCAGUGCAUCAGUGCUGCAGGACUCUUCCCGGGGUCUGACCUGACGGGCUCCGUCUGCAGCAGGGCAGGCUUGUGCUGCACCUUGUGGCACAGACAGACUCAAGGCUCUGUUCAGAUCGGUUGAUGGGACGAGGCAGGUCAGCCAGUUGCUCAUUUGCACUCAGAAAGCCUAAAACUUGAUUUUGUGUAUAUGAAUAGGGAAGCCAGAAACUUCCUUAGUUCAGUUUCUCAAUGUUCUUCAGAUAAUUUCCUAAGGCAAAAAGCUUCUUGUGUGUGAAGUCAGUCUGACAGAGUGUUGAUGUUAGCACAGGUCCAAGCAGUAAGUCAUAUUGGCAUUCCACUUGACAGUGUUCCUAUCCAUGUACAUAACGGUCUAAAGCCCUGCCACACACCGGCUCCCUGGGGUGGGCCAGGUUGGCUAUUGUCUCACAGCACAAACCUUGAAGGCCUUGCUGAUAAUUCUCCUACUUUGGGGCUCUGGCUGCAUCCAGUGCAGAACAUCCAAGUAAGCCGGACAGGUAGCCACUUCCCUGAGUUGCCUGGUCUGCCCAGGCACCAUGCCUCACUGUCCCUGAGCUGUUAACAGGGCCCUCAUUCCCUGUUGUGAAUGUAUAUGGUUCUGGAAAGUUUUAUAACACACGUUUAAGAAUUAAAAUUUUGUGGAUGUUUGAGGAAAAAGGAAGACUAAAAUUUUGUCAAGCAGCUAAAUGUGUUUUGAUAAACUGUGACAGGCUGUGACCGCAGAGGGUGCCACAGAGAAGAGCUACAUCUCAUACGGUUUUAGCAACAUUUUCCAUAACUUUCUAGUGUGGCCAUUGUGACUAAAUUAACCACAGUUUGGUACCUGAGUCUCAAACUGAAGUUUAUUUUUAUAAAUGAAUUUUAAAAGAAAAAUCCUGGCUGUUUAAAUUUUCAAGAAAAUUAACCUGCUGCCGUGCAUAACUUUUGGAUGCUUUUUGCACUAGUUGUCUUGUAAAUGUUCCGAAGUUUCUGACAAAGGGCAGUUGGCAGGUAGUGUUAUGCACCUGAAAUUCCUCAGUUCCUGUGACACAUGCCAUGGGCUGUCCCUCAUUUCCAUAUGCUUAGAAAUAACCAGUCAGUCAGAUUGCCACUAAUGGUUGGGAAAUCAGUUACGGCACAUGCACAGUAAUUCCUGAAAGCUAUUAAAAAACACUCUCACACACCACAGAUGACAGCUCCAUUUAAUGAUGAAAGGCAUGACAGUUGCAUUUCAGACCAACAUCAAGAUAAAGUAACAUUGCCACAUUAAAUUGACAGUGACACCUCAGAAAUGCGCCAGUAGUCAUUUCUAAUGCAUUGAAAUUUAUAGUUUAGUAAAUGGCUUUAAAUUACUUAUACUGAUGAAAUAAACUUUACCAAUUGACUAAA